CACGUGGACGAGCAGGGGCUCCAGAACUGUCAGGCACAGCCGGCGGCGGCGGCGGCGGAGGAGGAGCAGCUCAGUCCCGGCUUCCCUAUGGAGGAAGCCCCGCGGAGGCAGCGGCCGCUUUCCAACGCCAGGUACCGGGAGCGGAGCUUCUGGGAGGCGCGCUACGAGCAGGAGGGGGCCGAGCCCACCGAGUGGUUCGGGGGCUUGGAGUGUUUCCGCGACCAGCUGGAGGCGGAACUGAAGCCGGGGGACCGGAUCCUCGUGCUGGGUUGUGGGAACAGUGCUCUGAGUUACGAUCUUUUCCAACUGGGACACAGAGACAUCACCAACAUAGAUUAUUCCGCUGUCUGCAUUUCAAGUAUGCAAGACCGUUAUGCCCAUUGCUCAGGCUUACACUGGGCGGUAAUGGAUGCCCGGUUCUUGACUUUCAUGGAUGGAAGCUUUGACGUGGUCUUGGAGAAGGGCUUUGUGGAUUCUAUCAUGGUGGAAGAAAAGGACCUCUGGAAUGUCUCCCAAGAGGCCAAGAUACUUCUGGACCAAGUAUUAACUGAGGUCGCCCGGGUCUUGCAACCCCGAGGAAGGUUCAUCUCCAUCACUUUCGCCCAGCCACAUUUCCGCAAGCGCCACUACGCCCAGCGUGCCUACAACUGGUCCAUCCAACAUGUCAGUUACGGAAAGGACUUCCACUAUUUCCUCUACAUCAUGAAGAAAGGUGGGGAGAUGUCCCCCUCUGACAUAGCCCUGGGGCAGAGCCUCCAUCGGCAUCCCUCGCCUCCCAGCCCUGUGUGCCUCCACCAGGAGCCCGACUGGUCUCCGCCAAAGGAUCUGGUCAGCUUUUUUGAAUGUGUGCUGACCCUGAACACGAUAGGCAGGUCAACUUCAGUGCAAUAACAGUAGGAAUCCCUGCCGUUUUGCCCUACCCAUAAAGAAGGUGUGCUGUACUUCUA